AUGAGAGUAAAUGACCAACAAGUGACCUUUAAUGUGUUCAACUCUAUGAAGUUCCCGAAUGAGAAAGAGGAAUGCUCUUCUUUGAGUGUUCUUGAUACUAUAGUAGCUGAAGCAUUGCUAAAAGAAACUUGUAUAGAUGGGUUGGGAGUAAUUUCACUUGAAGAGCUAGAAGAAAUAAGUGAAGAGGAAGAUACCCAAGUUACAUGGGUAGAAUCCAAGCAGCCUUUUACUAAAGUGGGAAGGAAUUUUGAGUCCUUAGAGUUAUCAGAAAGAAAUUUCAAGCCUUCCAAACCAUCUAUUCAAGAACCACCAAAGUUGGAAUUGAAGCCUUUGCCUAGUCAUUUGAAGUAUGCUUAUUUGGGGUGUGAAGAGACUUUACCGGUGAUUAUUUCUGCAUUGUUGGGAGUUGAAAAAGAGAAUCUGCUGCUGGAUGUGUUGAAGAAAUGCAAGAAGGCUAUUGGUUGGACUAUAGAUGAUAUAAAGGGUAUAAGUCUCUCACUUUGUAUGCAUAAGAUUUUGCUGGAAGAUUCCUGUAGCAAUUCUGUUGAACAACAACGAAGGCUUAAUCCCAUUAUGAAGGAAGUGGUAAAAAAGGAAGUGAUUAAGUGGCUUGAUGUUGGUAUUAUAUACCCAAUCUCAGAUAGUUCGUGGGUCAGCUCGGUUCAAUGUGUUCCCAAGAAAGGGGGAGUCACGGUGGUAGUUAAUGACAACAAUGAGUUGAUUUCGACAAGGACGGUGACAGGUUGGCGUGUUUGUAUGUAUUAUCGGAAGCUAAAUAAAGCAACAAGAAAAGAUCAUUUCCCGCUGCCUUUUAUUGAUCAAAUGCUUGAUAGACUAGCGGGAAAGGAGUAUUAUUGCUUUUUGGAUGGGUAUUCAAGCUACAAUAAAAUUUCCAUCGCCCCUAAAGAUCAAGGAAAAACUAAGUUUACCUGCCCAUAUGGGACAUUUUCUUUCUGGAGGAUGCCCUUUAGUUUAUGCAAUGCGCCCGCUACAUUUCAACAUUGCAUGACGACUAUUUUUUCAGAUAUAGUAGAGGAAACUCUUGAGGUGUUCAUAGAUGAUUUUUCGGUGUUUGGUGAAUCUUUUGCUCCUUGUUUGGCUAAUCUUCAGAAAGUGUUAGAGAGAUGUGAAGAAACAAACUUGGUGCUUAAUUGGGAAAAGUGUCAUUUUAUGGUGUAA